CUUAAAAUGUACUUGUCAAAAAUCAAAUUUUACACAGGAGAUAGACAAAACGAUCGGAACAGGCAAAAAAUACAUUUUACAAAAAAAAUGGUCAACUUGCGAUAACUUUUUGAAAAAGCAUCGAAAAAUCUCAAAUUUUCAUUGUAAGUUGACCAACUAGUUGUCUCUGACUGGUCCAAAUUUGGAAAAUAUCGGGCUAUUCUAAAUGAAGUUGGAAAGAUUCUAGAGUAAAAGGCUUAAUUAUUCGAUAGCCAACUUUGAACUGUUAUACGUAUCUCGGGAUUCAAUUAACCAAAUUCAAUGAAUUUGUAUGCAUUUGUGACUUACAGCAUGAGCUUUGAAAAGCGAUUGACUUAAAUUAGAAUUUAAGGAAUAAAGCUUCAGCGAUUUAAUUUAUUUAAUGAAUAAUUAGAAAAUUGGUCUAUUUUUAACAUACUUUUCAUAGCUUUUUUAAUUUAUUUAAAGUUGCAAAAUUUUACAUUGAAGGCGAAACGGGAUGCAUUUCCUCAUUUUUUGACUUUUAAUUUAUUAAAAAAGAACGGAACAAUAUUUUUAAAAUCGGUUUUGAUGGACAGGAUCAUUUCUCCUGAUAUUUUUUUCCUAGUAGAAAAUGUUUUUUUGUUUUCCCAAAAACCAUUUAUUUUAAAGUUUUGUAUAUUUUUUUUUGCUAAAACGAAAGAACAUUACCCGCUAGGAAAAAAUGUGUAUAAAAACCGAGUUUGAAAAUAUUGCUCCGUUGACAAAUGCAUCCAAUUUCGCCUUAACGUGAAAACCCCGCUCAUUUAAACUCACUGUUUAACCCCUCCCCACACAACGGUAUUUCUUUCCUAAAGUUGUAACGGACUUUUCCCCCUCGUCAAACAGAGAGGAAGAAAAGGCUACCGUGGUAUCGUCGUUGUCGUCGCCGUUCGGAAGUUCGUCAUCGUGUUUGUGCGCGAAAUUUUCUCCAGCAGAGGGGAGACUGAAAUUUCGGUUUGAAACGGUCGCGCAGAUGCAAUCGAGCCGUUGUCUAGUUAAGAUCGGGUUUUACAUUGAAAAUACGUUUCUAGAAUUAGCAGUUUUAGUGUUCUUAAUAUGUAGCGUUAAGUAAGUGAAUGUUCUUAAAGAUUGAAAAACAGUGAUGUCGCGCCAUAAUUAUACGAACCCAGCCUUCUGCCAGCAAAGCGAGUUCUAUCCAACCAAGCUGACACUCCAGAAUGGAUCUAAAAGUGCAUAUAACUCGCCGGCAAAAAUCCAGCGAAGUGAGUUAACGCGGUCCUACAAUCGGAUUAGUUCGACGUUAGUCAGACAGAACACCUUCUCAUGUCAUGGAUCGGAUCGAAAGAACGCCUUGCCCCCGUUGCCCGGACCGAAACCUGGAGGAGCUCGGCUGAUCGAUCAGUACUCUUCAAACACUUCAAUAUCGGGGACACGCUACGGGUCCGUUGCAUCUGCCUUGGAUACCUCAUUGAGCAGCAACAAACACUCCACAAGCGGACGCUAUGCGUUGGUUCCGGUUGAGGAGAUCCCAACCAACGACAAAGGAAGGUACGCCGUUCUUCCCAUCGAAGAAUCUCUAAUAACAGCGUCCACUACAAGAAUCGUCAAAAGCCAAGAAAACCUCGACCGAUUCUGUAGCACCUCAGAACUGAACGAGGACACGGCAAACCUUUCGGAUCAGUUCUGUAGUUUGCCGCCGCUAUCGUCGCCGCCCAAAGUAACCACACAGAAUCGCCUUAAAAAUGCAUUUUCUUCGGACUUCGGAAGCAAAUCAUUCAUACUGUACGAUCAGAAAAGUAAUCAACGCUAUGAGGUGGUCCCUACCGAGGCGGAUGAGGAACUCGUCGAUCCCAACCACGAAAUUAUCCAAAUGCACAACGGAAGAGCACACCGCUAUGCGGUAAUUCCCACCGAGGAUGAUGACGAAACGUGCCUUAACGAAGAGGCAGAAGCAGAAGAAGUGAAAAAACCACCACCGCCACUCCCUCAAAAGGACUACAUGCGCGAGAGCAUUAGAAAAUCCCGCCGCAAUCUUGCGUCCCCGGUGACACCUGCUGCUACUGCUGUGGCCACAACGACACCUCCCAAGAAACCCAACCCUCUGGCCACCCAAAUGCUGCAUGAACUACUUAGUACCCCGAGACGGCAAGAUUUCACUCCGAAAAAUUCCCCCCAGCGCCUCGACAUGGUUAAUCCGAAGAUAGUCUCCAGCACACCGAAACGCAACGAAUUCAAACCACAGAAACUGCAGUACGAUCAUCAAAUGCAUCAAUCGACCUCCACUUAUUCCAUGUUGCAGCACCAGGCACGCGCCGAACUCAUACAGAAGCAGCAGCAGCAGCAACAACUACAGCAAUGUGAUGCGGCGGCAGCUGCCAGGACGACAGCUGUUAUAACGCCUCGGCUGAACGUGGCGAACGGAGAAUGUGGUAAUGGCAUUUACGGUGAAACUACAACCACCUCGUCGGCGACCGAUCACAACAAGUCGUGGCAAAAUGCAAGUUUUCACAAAAUUGCUCAUGCCUCGGCGACGAUCGGCGCCGUGUCGCUGAUGUUGAUCCUGUGCGGAUUUAUGAACUCGGGAUUGAGUUUGUAUUUCACGUCAAAAAUCGGACGGGAAUACUAUCUGGAUAUGUCGAUUUUUGCCGGGUUUGCGGCGAUUGCCCUGGGCAUUCUGGGAUUUAAAUCGCGGCGAUGCGAUUGGCUACCAAACCGGAACUAUAUCUCAGGCUACAUCCUAGUGACCGUGUUCUCGCUGCUGAACUGCUGUGCCCAACUGGUCCUGAUGACCUUGCAUCCGUUUCCGGGAACGCCCCUGCACGACGUAACCACCGGUAUCAUUUUGGGCCUGUCAUCGCUCACCCUACUCUUGAUAAGUUUGGGAAUCGUGACAUCGCGGUGGUGCCGUGCCCCACCGCCGGAUAAUCGCGUUGAUGUGUGCUAGUGUGUAAGUGUUACAAAUGGCUGAAAUAAGAAGAAAAUAAAUCUAAAACUGUUUAAUGUGAACGCGUGAAAUUUAACUCAACAUUGCAUCUCAAUCGUAUCUAAAUUUUGCUACAUGGCAUAUUUUGACUUGUUCAUAUCAUACAAGUGACUUAACAUAAACCAAAACUACAACCAAUAAUAACCAAGUGAGACUAAAUAUCCAUUAUUGUCAUUAUUAAUAUUAUUUAAAGACGUAACUAUAAAAUAUUAAAUAAAAAUAUUUCACAAGAAGUA